AUGACUCAGCUGCAGGCCUGUUCAAGACAAAUUGAUCCGACGCUCACUGAAGAGAAAGACAAAAAGAGCGAAUGCCACCCCAAUCGUUUAGACGACAAGGUGACGGUUCACCCCUCCGUCAAGCCAGUCCCCCAGAUUUUACAAGUAAAAUGGUCGAUCAAAGACUCAUUGGUCGACGCAUUUCCAUCUUUACCACCAAGUAUCCUGAAAUCCAUAUCCCGCCAGGAACCCGAUAUUCGCAUGUUAAAGGAUUAUCUCGGCCGCUGCCCAAAUCCAAAGUUAGUCUUCGAUGCCAUUCAGAUGAGACGGUUAGCCUUUGAAACGCGAAUGUUAUAUCAGAAAAAGCAGAAGAUCAGGUUGAUGGAACUUGGAACAUCUCAUGACCCACAGGAUCUCGCUAGUGUCGCAAACAAGUUGAGGAGGUACCGUAGGCAUCUUCGUACCCUAGAUUACAUCCGCCAACAGUUGCGUUCGUAUGGAGAUGCUGUAGAUGCACAUGAUGGGGUGCCCCAUGUGGUUCAGGCAACGACAAAAGAUGCGACCCAUCCUACAACAACAGAUGCCGGUCAUCCUACAACAACAGAUGCCGGUCAUCCUACAACAACAGAUGCCGGUCAUCCUACAACAACAGAUGCCGGUCAUCCUACAACAACAGAUGUCGGUCAUCCUACAACAACAGAUGCCGGUCAUCCUUCAACAACACCCAUGGUAGACGCAUCUCGACCUCUCUUAUUGGAACAAGCAAUUGCCAACGGUUCGUUUCUAAGCACUUAUAGGAUAGAUGAGUUCACUAUGGGCCGGUCUGAUGCUGAGAAGGCUGCAGUUCUGCGCAAAGUCAUAGUUGAUAUAGAACACAGAUUACGGCAUGACAGAAGCAGUGGGCUAUCACACAGGUCGAAAAAGCUCAAGAUGCUGCUGAGCACGUUCAAGGAUCGGUACAAGUUAUCGCAGACGUCGCGCGGGAUUCCAGAAAAUAAACCUGUUCAAGGUAGAAUUCCGAAUAGAUUCACCAAGAUAUCCUACGCAACCUUAGAAGAAGAAAUUGCAGGGGUCAAAGAGUGGAGAAAUACUGAGAAGAAGACCAUGAGGAAUGCCUUUGCGCGAUACACUCGCGUGAUGCGGCAUAAUAGCGCCGUCAAAGGAUCUGAGUCUCGCGCCACAAUCAAGCGUCAGUACGAAACGAGCUUAUUGAAAUACCAGACUGUCUCUAAGUAUCUGGAGAGGCUUAACAAAGAAGUCGCUCGAGGGGCCAACCUGUGCGAGCAAGUAGACACGCAAUCGGUGUCUGACCAAGUGGAAUCUUCCACGCCCGACCUGUCAGAGGGUGCAAACGAGCAGCUCCCCAUUGAACCUCUUUAUACUCCGUAUAACGUCCAGCAUUACGUAUUAGGGAAUAUUCUUGAUCAAUUCAAGGAGGCGAUGUAUCUGUUCGGCCGCCGUGAAUUUCGAGUACACAUGGAGUCCCGAGGCUGGAGUAGUCCAGAAAGCAUCCCCGUUACAGAGUUCAUGUCGGUCAUGACAACGGAUCCAGACAUACGCGACCGCUACAAAUUUUUCGAGCACGAAUUCCAAUCAUUACGGCGCAUUCGCAAUGCCUAUGCCCAUUCUGUAGUCAGUAUGACUAUAACGGAGACGCAUACAUUGCUACGCGACAUGCGAACAGUAGCAAGCGCUCUCCGCUUUUCUACAAUGGUGCCUCGGAUAGAAGAAUAUCUUGACGUCUUAGCGUCAUUCGAACACAAUUACCAAAAAGCACAAGCAGAAGUUCGAGAGAAAGGUCUAGCGAAGUUACGCAGGUUGCGCUUGGAACGAGACACCGCAAGUAAGAGAAUCGAUGGCAAAAUAUCUGAAAUCCAGCGCCAGUUACAGGACCUCGAAUCACAAAAGAGGACCAUCCAAAGUAGCUUUGAAAAAGGAUCUCUUGAUGUCCGUCAAAAGUGGGGACGUGUGGAUCGCCAGGUAGGGUCGCAGCUAUCGCAAGACCUUGCAGCAUUUGCAUUGGAGGAACAUAUCCGACGCUCAUUGCGGGCUAUGCCUACCCCCAGGGCUACAUCUCUUGUACAAAGACUGUUUGCCGACCAUGCUUCGGGCUCGGCAGUGAGCUUAGAUGCAAAUACCGGCGCUGGUUCGGCACAGGUUUCAGAAGCCAGCCCAUUGCCCUCCGCUUCAGAUACAGCACUGGGCAUGCCGUCCAGUGACGCAAAAUUAAAGGACUCGUACUUGGCACCAUCAUUGGUAACGACUAGCGCGGCAGACAUACCGAUAAAGAUGCCGCCACCGGCUGUGGAAGAGCCUCGUGAGCUCAGACAAGGGGUUAAAGAAACCGCCUUCCCUUACCAAAAAUUUGAACCCCAGACUGUCAAGCUGGCGGAUAUAGAUGAUUCGAAUGAAAUCGAUGUCAACCAAGAUCCAAGUUUCCGCUUCCUCCAAGUUGAAAAUCUUUUAGACCAAUCACAAGAUGUUGCGUUAGAUAAACCGUCUGCACCGGCCAACGACCUUUCACAGUCCGGCGAGGCUUGCGAUGCAGGGCUCAAGACCAAACUUCUAUCUGUCAACGGUCUCAGAGCCUCUACCCGACAGAAUAAGUUCAAGCCUAAAGUAGAGAUUGCACAGUCUGAACAACUAUCUUUCUCAACCGAUUCGAAAGGAAGCAAGACAAUUACGCGACGAUGGCACGAGAAAGCGCUAAGAUUGGAACACCGCCACAGAGCAAGUAGGACGCGGCCGGGUUUUGGCAACAGUCGGGGCCUUCAUCACUCUCUACUUUCGGUCCAGAAAUAUGGCACUUCCUCGUCUUCCGGAGAGUUGGCCGGUUGCCCCAGUAGAUAA